AUGCAAGCUACUCUUGACCAAGAAUUGGACACAAUUGAACGAAAUAGUGAAGGAUGGUAUUCGUUAACGUUUUAUGAUCGAACAUUAUUACAAAGACUUAGUACAUGUUUGGAAUCAUGUCUAGCAGUAACAUCAGAUAAUACUUUUCUUAAUAUGAUUAUCAAUCGACAACCACAAGUAUUUGAUAUGUUUGAAUACGUUGCUGCACAUUUAUUCAAACAAUGGUAUCAUCAACAACGUACAUUAAUUGUUGAACAAUUAAAUUAUUUAACUAUUGUUGGUAAAUUUAAUCGACGUUUGACAUUAACAUUACAAAAUGAUAAUGAUGAUAUUGAUAGUAUUGAUCAAAAUAGUGAACAUACAAAAAAUAACCUUGAACAUCAUAAACGUGUACGUGAAUUAUUAUUCGAUAAUAAUAAAGAAUUAUUUGAUAUUUUAAUGAAAAUUUUACCAAAUAUGAAUAAAAAUGAAUUAGAUUUUAUUGAAAUGAUUAUAUCAUGGUAUGAAUCUUAUAUGUUUUUUGAACAUAGUUAUAUUGAUUCAACAUUAGAUGAAAAAUUUCUUUAUUUUAAUCAUCAAAUAAUUCGAUGUUUAAAUUCAAAUGAAUAUCAACAAUGUAUAUUAUCUAUAGAAAAUAAUCAAACAAUGAUUAUAACAAUACAUCAUCGAUUUUUUUUAGGUAUAUGUACAAUGGCAAUGGGUAUACAUGUUAAUUGUGAUGAAAAUGAAUGUGAUAAUGCAAAAAUUAUAUUAGAAUUAUAUUUAUCAAAUUAUAUUAUUUUUAUAAAUAAUUUUUUAAUACAAAAUCAAAUUAAUUUAUCUUGUUUAACAGGUAUUAUAACAUUUCUUAUUAAUUAUACAUUAAUUAUUGAUAAUGAUAAUAAUCGACAAUUAUUAAUUAAUUUAUUUUCAUUAAUUCUUAAUAAAAAUAUUUAUAUGAAUAUAUGUAUUAAUUGGUCAACAUAUGAAACAAUAUUAAUUGAUUCAAUAAUAUGUUAUUUAAUUAUAUAUUGUUUUGAUAAUCAUUUAUUAAUUCAAUAUUUAAUUCAAACAGAUGAAAAUUAUAUAAAAAAAUUAGAAAAUUUAAUUGAAAAAGCUCAAACAUGUGGAAAUCGUCGUAUUGAAAUAAUGUCACAAUUAUUUUUACUUAUUUUAAUAAGUUCAACAAUAAAUCAUAAUGAUUUAUCAGAAAAAUUAUUUCUUACAUGUUUAAAUUAUAUUCAAAUGUCAUUACAAAAUAUUCAUUCAUAUCAUUAUAAUCGAAUACCAAUGAGUAUGUUUUUUAAAAGUUUAAUACAUAUUGUAAAAUAUGAUUAUAUACAAGAAUUGAUUUGUCAACAAUAUUUAAAUUUAUUUACAAAUGUUGUUAUUAAUUAUGAAAUUAAAAAUCUAUACGAUAAUAUUAUUUAUUGUGAAUGUACAAUGAUUACAUUGAGUAUUCUAUGGUCAUUAUCAUUUAAUGAAAAUAUUAAAAAUCUUUUAAAACAAAAUGAACAAAAUCUUUUUGAUAUUAUUCAAAAAAUAAAUAAAACUACAAAUGAGAUGUCUGUUCAACAAGUAACAUGUGGAUUACUUUAUAAUCUUGAUCAAUUGGAUUUAUCGCAAGUAAGUUCAAGAAUUUAA